AUGUAAACGCGAUCAUGAUGGUCUGUCGCGGAUAUGAUUCCAUCAAAUACGACCCCACCGUGCAGAGCUGUGUUACUGUAGUACCCACCCACUCCCACCUUGAGCCAGAGAGACACUGCGACUUCUCGACAUAGCUGACGAGCAGGACUUACGAACCAAACAAGAUGGCGCUGAACUACGCGAUGUUGAGCCCAGCGCGGGCCCCCAUCCCGCUCCCGAACGAGCUGACGAUCAAGGAGGUCAACGGUGGCGUCGAACUCUCGCUCACCAUCCCAGAUGCGCCGCCGACGGGUGCGUCGAGCGCAGGAGGGUCGGGCGGUGCGAAGAAGAUGAAGGACGUGGGCAAGCUGUGGCUGACGGACCAGCGGCUCGUCUUCGUGUCCGACAAUGGAAGCAAGUCCGGCCUCGACUCGCUCUCCGUGCCCCUCCUCUCCCUCCUCUCCACAAAGUUCGAGCAGCCCUAUUUUGGCUCGAACUUCCUCACCAUCGACCUCAAACCCUCGCCGGAAGGCAGGCUGACUGACGGAACGAAGGCGGAGAUUCGGUUGAAGGACAAGGGUCUGUUUGAGUUUGUUAGCGCGCUUGAGAAGACGCGAGAGCGGGCGAUCUACAUGAAGAGACAGACGGCGGAGGAAGACGAGCUACCUACUUACACGCCGGCCGAAGCUGGUUCCUCGUCGUACGCCUCGAGGAUACCGGAUGAUGCCCCUCCUGGGUACGAUGACUAGAUAGAAGUCUCGCCACCCUCAUGGCUGCUACACAUCGCUACGAAUGGUUCGAAUGGAUGUAACGCUAUCUGUACGAGGACUCACCCGUUGUAUAAUCAUAUCCUUGUGUUGAUAUCUCAUUCAAA